UCACGUUGGUAUCUAACCUUGUUUUCUUCUCGUUGUCUUGAAAAACGACCUGCGUGAUCUCCAAUGGUUCGCUCAUAAAGGCCGAUGACUGCCAAAAUCUUGAGUAUCCUAGAAGUGGAACUCACACCUCAGAGCAAAACCAUGCUACUUUCAACUCUCAAAAAUCUCUUAUUCUUCCUUAUUUUUUUGAUUUCCCCAAUUAUUACAACCCAAGAUUACCACCCACUAAACCCUCUUACUCCAUCUGAACUUAUUCAAGUUCAGACAAUUGUCAAGAACCACUUUUCCAGCCCUUACCACAGUGUAAGUUUCCACUAUGUAGGCUUAGAUGAACCAGAGAAAUCCAUAAUCCUAUUAUGGCAAUCGAAUCUUGAUCAUACCCCACCUCGUCGUGCAUUUGUCAUAGCCCGUUUUGAUCAGAAAAGCCAUGAACUCAUUGUUGACUUAUUGACUAACUCCAUUGUAUUGGAUAGAGUGUAUGAUGGACAUGGCUACCCAAUUCAGAACUUUCAAGAGGAGAAAGCUGCUAGUGAGCUAGCAUACUCGUAUGCUCCGUUCAUAGCAUCGAUUAUGAGAAGACGGCUUAAGUUAGAGGAAGUGCUUUGUAUGAGUUUUACUGUUGGAUGGUUUGGGGAAGAAACGAGUAGAAGAAUAGUUAGAGUUAUGUGCUACUACUUGGACGGCACCGUCAACUUUUACAUGAGGCCUAUUGAGGGUAUCACAGUGACUGUUGAUCUUGAUGAGAUGAAAAUCAUAGGGUAUCGGGAUCGGAUAAUGGUUCCGGUGCCUAAAUCUGAUGGAACAGAGUACAGAGGAUCAAUGCAGAGUGCACCACCAGAUUCAACUCUGAAGGGCUCAGCUAGUCUAGAACCAAGUUUUAAAUUGGAAGGACAUGUACUGAGGUGGGAAGAUUGGGUUCUCCAUCUAUCAUUUGACAUGAGAGCUGGCCUGAUCAUAUCACUGGCCUCUAUCUAUGAUCCCGAGAAGAACGAAUACCGUAGAGUAUUGUACAGAGGAUUUAUAUCAGAACUCUUUGUUCCUUACAUGGAUUUAACUGAGGAGUGGUACUACAGGACCUUCUUUGAUGCUGGUGAAAAUGGAUUUGGACUUUGUGCAGUGCCACUUGUACCAUUGAAGGACUGCCCUGAAAACGCAGUUUUCAUGGACGGCUACUUCACUUCACAAGAUGGAACUCCUGGAUAUAUACCGAACGUCUUCUGUAUAUUUGAAAGACAAGCAGGAAACGUAAUGUGGCGCCACACUGAAUUGGGAAUCCCAGGCCAAAUGGUAACUGAAGUCAGACCAGAGACGACCCUCGUUGUGAGAAUGGUAUCCACUGUGGGGAAUUAUGACUACAUUGUGGAUUGGGAAUUCAAGCAAACUGGUACCAUUAAAGUUACUGUUGGGAUGACCGGUCUGCUUGAAGUGAGGGGAUCAAUGUACACACACAAGGACCAGAUACAAGAGGAAGUAUACGGCACUAUAUUAGCAGAAAACACAAUUGGCGCCCACCACGAUCACUUCCUAAUUUUCAGUCUCGAUUUAGAUGUGGAUGGAGAUGCUAAUUCCUUCGUCAAGUCUAACCUGGAAACGUCCCGUGUGAAUGGAGACAUUUCACCAAGGAAAAGCUACUGGAGAGUUAGUAGUGAAACAGCCAAAACUGAGUCUGAUGCAAGAAUUCAGCUUGGUUCAGGAGCGACUGAGUUGUUAGUUGUGAACCCGAAUAAGAAAACUAAGGUGGGAAACCACGUGGGGUACCGUUUGUUCCCCGGAUCAGCGGCCCGUCCCCUGUUGUCAGACGAUGAAUAUGCCCAAAUUCGUGGAGCAUUUACCAAGUAUAAUGUGUGGGUUACACCGUAUAACAAGACUGAGAAAUGGGCUGGAGGGUUGUAUGCUGAUCAAAGCCGUGGGGAUGAUAAUUUGGCUUCCUGGAGUCUUAGGAACAGGGAUAUCGAGAACAAAGACAUUGUGUUAUGGUACACAGUAGGCUUUCACCACGUACCCUGCCAGGAAGAUUUUCCUGUCAUGCCGACACUGACUGAAUCAUUUGAGCUCCGACCCACCAAUUUUUUUGAGCAUAAUCCCAUGCUCAUAGAAAGACAACAUAAAGAAAUCAUUAGUCCUGCUAAAUAUAACGUUUCGAGUCAAUAAAGGUUUCAUUUUGGCUGUUUCUUAGACCAGUGACUUUCCGUUUUGUUCUGUAAUAAUAUGAAACGCAUGGCUGUAUCAAGGACUUAUUUGUUUGAACUUUGAAUGUUAAUCUGGAAUAGGAAGCCUGUCACACUUCGAAGCCAA